AUGUCAGAAAAAGAAUGCAUCCACCACAAGGAGAAGCGGCAGAAGCGAAUCCGCGCCUUCUGUGCUUGCCUUCUCAUCUUCAUAUCCAUCGUGCUCUUUGUAAUUCUCAUUGUUUGGGCGGUUUUGCAACCCAAAAAACCCCGUUUUGUCCUCCAAGACGCCACCGUCAACAACUUGAACGUCUCUGCACCCAAUAUCCUCAGCUCCAACAUCCAAGUCACCAUCGUUUCUCGAAACCCCAAUGAGAAUAUUGGAAUUUACUACGACAAACUUACCGUCUACGCCACUUAUCGCAGCCAACAGAUCACUUAUACUGUCGGCAUACAAUCCGUUUAUCAAGGUCACAAGGAUACUAACGUUUGGUCGCCCUUCAUUUAUGGGGAUAUGAUUCCGAUUGCUCCGUACAACGGUCCGGCAUUGAGCCAAGAACAGGCUAGUGGGGGCAUUAGAUUGAUGAUCAAGAUUGAUGGACGGGUCAGAUUCAAAGUUGGGAGCAUCACAACUGGACGUUACAAUCUUCAUGUUAGAUGUCCGGCGUACAUACCGUUCGGAAAGAAUAUCAACGAAUUUCCGAACACCGGUAUAGUUGUCGGUAACAGCUUUAAGUAUCAGCUAGCACAGAGUUGCCGUCUUGCCUUUUCUAAGCCUACACCCUCUCUUCUCUUUCCCACAAACCACUCCGUCCUAACAACCCAAAACCUAUCACACGACCGGAAACCUCCUCCUCCUCCACCACCACCACAACCAAACAUGUCAGAAAAAACGUGCACCCACCACCAUAAGGAGAAGCGGCAGAAGCGAAUCCGCCGCUGCUGCGCUUGCCUUCUUAUCUUCAACUUCAUCCUCCUCGUGGUAAUUCUAAUUGUCUGGACGAUUCUGCAACCCAAAAAACCUCGUUUUGUCCUCCAAGACGCCACCGUCAACAGCUUGAACAUCUCCGCACCCAACAUCCUCAGCUCCAACAUCCAAGUCACCAUCGUUUCUCGAAACCCUAAUGAUAAUAUCAGAAUUUACUACGACAGACUCACCGUCUAUGCCACUAAUCGCAGCCAACAGAUCACUUAUGUUGUCGGCAUACAAUCCGUUUAUCAAGGUCACAAGGAUACUAACGUUUGGUCGCCCUUCAUUUAUGGGGAUAUGGUUCCAAUUGCUCCGUACAACGGUCCGGCGUUGAGCCAAGAACAGGCUAGUGGGGGCAUUAGACUGUUGGUCAAGAUUGAUGGACGGGUCAGAUUCAAAGUUGGGCGCGUCACAACCGGACGUUACAAUCUUCAUGUUAGAUGUCCGACGUACAUACCGUUCGGAAAGAAUAUAAACGAUUUUCCGAACACCGGUAUAGUUGUUGGUAACAGCUUUAAGUAUCAGCUAGCACAGAGUUGCCAUGUUAGUGUGUGA